AUGCGGAAUGAGUUUAUUUUCAUCUUACACCAAUCUCUCGCAAUUAUCUCAAUUUGGUUCAUCGGGGCAAUUUUGUUUGCGAUCUAUAGAGCAAGAAUCAAUAAACACGCAGUGGUGAUGGCUUUUUUGAUUCUCUCCUGGUUAUCCGCUUGGCAAGCGAUGAUACCAUUAAUUUUAAAUUUUAGAGAACUUCAUUUCAAAUCGACUUUAGUAUCAAGUAAUCUAUACAAACGCGUGUGCAAUGCGGACGCGAUCAUAACAUCAGCAUUUUGGACCGCGAUACCAGAAGUCUUAAGGGUCUUGAUCAAUGUUGGAAGGAUGACAAAAGAGAAGAAAGAAUCUUCAGGAUCAAUAAUCAAAUCAAAGAUCAAGUAUGAAAUUGAGAUUGAAUCAGGUUUGGAAAUCUUUAAUGAUCAAGCAUCAACUUCAAGCUCUAGUGUUAAAUCAGAUUUGUCAAGAUAUCGAUCUCGAAUCUUCAAGAGAUGUACCAUUCCUGGUAUCUGUCUCUUUUCGAUUCCUAUUGUGAAUUCUUCGGCUGUGGUGAUUUUAUUAUUGGUGAAAUUGGCUCAGAGUGAUUGGAAAGAAGUACGCGCAUAUCAAUUUCAUUGCGCAAGUUCGAAUGAACAAGUGAAUGAGACGAUUGUUCUAUUUUCAUUAUUCCAACUCUUGUCUGUUGCAAUUCUAGCCAUGAUUGCAGUGAUAAUCUAUUUAAUUCAACAUUGUCAAAGGAAAGAUCAAGAAUUAGUUUCAAGUUUUGGAACUCAUUUGAUUUUGAAGAUGUUAUUUUUAUCAACCUUGGCUGCUAUUGGAACUGGAUUUCAAUGGUAUUCAACUUCUCAAAUCGAUCAUCGAUACCUACGACAUUAUCAAUCCUUUCAAUCGGUUUAUAUGAUUAGUUUUCCAUUUUUGAUCUCUUUGUUGUUUAUUGAUGAUCAGCUUAGGAAAGAAUGGAAAACUUGGAUUCCGAGGUUUAGAUUUGUUUUGAAUGCUUCUGAAUCACUUAAAUAG